CCUUUACACCAGAGCUCUUCUCCAUCUCGAUCUUGCAAACUAAACAAAAAUAUAUUCUUCAAAGUCGAAACUCGAUCAUCCAACACAAAAUGCAGGUCGUUAAAGAGUCACCAUCGUCCAGGAUUAGAAUGGAGGCCGUCGGAGAAGGGCUAGCGGCAAUCUACGAGAGGGUCCGGUUCCUGGCUUCCGGCAACGCGGUGGUGAUCUUCACCCUCAGCGGCUGCUGCAUGUGCCACGUCGUGAAGCAGCUCCUCUUCGGCCUCGGCGUCGGCCCCACCAUCGUGGAGCUCGACCGUGACGCCGACGGCCGCCAAAUCUACGCCCUCCUCCUCAAGCUCGCCGGAUCCGUCCCCGGCAGCCAGCCCGUCCCCGCCGUCUUCGUCGGCGGCAAAUUCUUGGGCGGGAUCGAGACCGUCAUGGCUUGUCAUAUCAACGGCACUCUCGUCCCACUCCUUAAAGACGCCGGAGCUCUCUGGCUGUGAGGCUCUGAUCCCAACCCAUACAUACCCAUUCCCAUUAACAUAGAAUAUAUUAUUAUUAUUAUGCAUGCUUCUGGGGUGGCCGGCCGGGAGGGAGAAUCAUAUCAUGGCGGUUUGAGGGGACAAACACAAACAUCAAAAUGAUCAAAGCUCAGAAGAUGUCUUCCAUGUUCAGACACUCUUUUACUGUCAGUAUAGUACCUAUGUAGGAGAAUUACUUUUCAUUUCUAGCACUAAAAUAUAAUAUAAUAUAGGGCUUUUAAUUAUAUUCAGAUGUAAUUCUCCCUCUCAUGUUAA